UUUUUUCCCCGAACAGCAGCUGGAAGCCAUUUGUGUCCAGGUUCCACCAGGACAGAUGAAGGAAGCCGAAAGGCCGAUGCCAUCGUUGGCACCAGCCCAGUCUAAAACUGUAACGUUCAGUCAGUCGGCUGGUAGAAAUUCCAGUGUAUCUGGACUUGGCGUUGCUAAUCCCCCGAUAAUGAGGAUACAGCCAGUAACAGGGACUGAGCAGCAGCAGCUUUCCCUCCAUAGUUCCUCAGAGUCUGCAGUUCAGUUGCUUAUGCAGAGACCUUUAGCACCUCAUGGAUCAGUGUCCGUGACCAAGAUUCCCAAGUGUAAGAUGCUAAAUGGACAGAGAACUACAUGUGCCACAGUAUCAGCUGCAAGGCCUCCAAAUAUUGCCAUGGUUGCAGCCAAUUCAACAAAUUCUCUGAUAUCAUGCCUUGAAAAAAAACAAAAAGGCGAUAAACUGAAAAAAUCUUUGAAAGUGAAAACCCGUUCUGGACGGAUUUCGCGGCCUCCAAAAUAUAAAGCUAAAGAUUAUAAAUUCAUUAAAAUGGAGGACUUGGCUGAUGGUCAUCAGUCUGACUCUGAUGACUACUCAGAACUGAGUAUUGAAGAUGAUGAAGAAGGAAAGGUGAAGGGAAAGGAUGCGUUAUUCAGUUCUUCAAAUUAUAAUCUGAAACCCAAAAUGUUUAAAUGUGAGACUUGUGAAAAAUCCUAUAUAGGAAAAGGAGGAUUAGCAAGACAUUAUAAACUUAAUCCAGGUCAUGGACAACUGGAGUCUUCACCUCAAGAAAUACUGUUAAAUAAACCUAAUGGAAGUAUUUUUGUGGACAAUGCUUGUGGAACAGGAGAGGAAACUAGAAGCCCAGCACGCUCAGAUUUUGUUGCUGUCAUUUUAAAUAAUGAAAAUGAACUAGCUGUUGGCUUGGAAGAAGUGGUUGCCUCACAGGCUGGAGAACAGACCUGCAAGCUUGCAGAAAGCAGGUGCUUGUUGGCAGAGCAGCAAAAUGAGACAAGUUCGGGACCCCGGACACCUGUAACGCCAAAAGGACCUGGAAGACACAGACGGCCUAAGAGAAGAGGCAGACCAAGGAUGGGUGGAAGAUCCCGACGUUCUGGAAGGCUCAGCAGACCUGCUCAGUCUCCCUCCAAGUCCCUCAGUAGCGUGUCAGCAGAGCACAGUGUAUUCAGAAGAAAAGCUAGGUUGAAAGAGCUAAUACAACAAUGCGAUAAUGAAGACUUAAUGGAGCUGGCUCUCCCACGUCUUACAAAGCUUGUAACAGUAUACGAAUUUCUGUUGAUGAAGGUUGAAAAAGGGCAUUCAGCCAGAGCUUACUUCCCAGACGUGUAUAGGGAGUUUGAAGAGCUGCAUAAUAUGGUAAAGAAAAUGGCCUAUGAUUACCUUAGUAAUUCCGAUCUGUUGAGUUGCCAGGAGCCUGUUGAAAUAAAAGAUCUGAAGGUUGCUGAAUCACUAGGACUUACAGAAAUACUCACUGGAGGACAAAAGAUGCAAGGUGUAAACUCUUGUUCACAACAUACAAUUAAAAUGAUUAGUGAGGAAGUGCCUGUGGAGAUACUGGGACAAAAACGGUUAGCUGAGAGCUCAGGGGAGGAACUGUUGCCAUCAGCCAAAAGGACCAAGUUAGAAGACGUAAUGGAGAAUGUGAAUAAUGCUUAUGCCAGUCAAGAUGAAGUGAAGGCAAAGAGUGGAAAUUUGUGUACACUGUUUGAAAAAGAUGGUUUUCAUCCAUUAAAUGGGGAAAUCUUGCUCUCAGAAGAUGGAGAUAUCAUGUGCUGCUCGACGGGAAGCAUAUUACCCACAGCAGAGGCACAUGUUGAUUCAGAAGCUAGAGUCACUGCUGAACAUGCGGGCGCCUUCUCUCCGAUGAUGGAGAUCAGGGCGGAGUAUUCCCAGCCCGCAGCUGUACAGGGAGUGGGUGCUGCAGGUGACACCACUGUGCCAAGCGGCGAGGCUGCGCUGCCGGCGGGAGCAGGUGCCUCCCCAGAAGCAGUUCAGGGACAUCUUGUGGGAGAGGACAGGGCGCCUGGCCUGGCAGCUUCCCACCUCGGCAGCCCUGUAGCGCAGGGUGCGGCGGGCAUGCGGAGCGCCGACUCGCCAGUGGGAGAAGAAGAUGGAAAAUAUCAGCUACAAGAAGAAAAGCAGAACUUUGCAAUUAAAGAACAUCCUGAACUGCUUCACGGUGCUGGUAUCACUGAGACGCAGCAACUGGAAAAAGUUUUUGUACCAAAUGUAGUGCCAAUAAGGCAUCCCCACAGCACUGCUGUCCAGGAUGCCUCCUCCUCUGCUCAUGUGAGCCAUGAAAGCCCUUGUGAAAACAUGUGUGAAUUCCCCUGUGGGACAGGGGAAGCCCGGGAGCUGGAGAAUGCAGCAGUUACUGUAGAUCAAACUGUAGCUUUUGAGAUUACUGAUGAGAGCCAUGACUUUUUGUCUCAGGGACACGAACAGAUUUUUAUUCAGACUACAGAUGGACUUAUUUUGUCUCACCCAGAUCCUGCUGUUUUGUCUCAGGCAGAAGACAUUGUUAUUGUGACUGAUUCCGAUGGCACUACGAUGCACAUUCGCACACCUCAUGGGAUACCUUUGGAAACUGUGGAAGCACUACUGGCAAUAGAAGCACACAGCCAAAGUGAAGAAGUUCUGCUCUCUCAAAGUGAAUUGGAGCCAUAAAUUAGAAAACGGUAUAUGCUUUCUUCUGGAAAAAGGCUGGCUAUAUAAAAUGUAUAUUUUUCUAAUGUGAAUACUGAAAUAAUUGAAAUUUAACUUAUUUGUAAACUGUUUCUAUGCCCUGUCCUUUUUAUAACUUAUGUUUAUAUAAAUUUAGUAACAUUGCAACCAAAAAUUAUAGACAUAACAAGAUUCUAUUUGCUCUUCUAUGUAUUGGGGUAGGGGAAGAUGGAAAUCUGUCAACCUCAAAACUGUUGCACUAUUCCCUUUUGUUACAUAGUCCCUUUUCUCUUUAGCCAUCCAAAAUGCAGUAAACUACUGCUUUUUGGCCAUGAUGUGCUGGGAAACUGUGUAUGGGUAAAAUA